AUGAAUCGGUGGCGUUUACCACUUGUCAACGACCACCUCGUUCACUGCAAAACAACGAUAGCGUUAGUGGUGCGUCCGAGCGCGUGCCGCCGUCCGAACUUACUGGGUCUUUAUGCAGAGAUCACAACCGUGUCGAAGUUACUAAUGUGUAGUUUCACUGCGGGAUCACAACAAACAAUGAGUGUUCAUGGAAUAGUGCGUGCAGAAGUGCUGCGGCUGGCUCCUUGGCGUUUACACGUUCCACGUCGUGGCUGGGGGCAGACAACACUAGUUAGUGCAUGCGGGAACACGGCGCCGCGCACACUUCUAUAUGGCGGCGCCGAACAAAGUUUUGCAACACAGUACAUACCAACAGUAGCUCUGAUAAACACGCUCGUUUAG